AUGGCUUUUCCCCACAUUCCGACGCUCUUCUUUUCUUUAUUCAUCGCCCUGGUUCUCGUUUCCUCCGUUGCGGCUAUACCGUAUCCCCCGACGUCUAAGCACGCGACGCACAGAAGGCGAGUUAUCGGAGGGAGACGAUUGGAAAGCUAUCACCCACGAUCGACCUUCAAGACCUUCGGUACCAACGGCGCUUCCUUCACGAGCGACCAGCCACUUUCGAAGCUGUCCAUCGAGGCGUCCGCGCGCACCUACAUGAGCUCUCUCGGCGUUGACACUGCUGGCCUGCUGUAUCAAUCCGGCUUCUCUUCAGGACAGACGCGGUAUGCGUACCUCAAGCAAUCGUUGAACGGCACCCCCAUCUCCAAUGCUGUAGCUAACGUCGCAUUCAAAGGCGACAAAGUUGUUUCAUACGGAUCGUCCUUCCUCGAUCUCACUUCAGCCCGUAUCCCAUCCGCAACGCCCACAAUCAACCUGGAGGACGUCCUCCCCCAGAUCCAAGCCGAUUUCAAGGCGACGAAGCCCGCAGACAGCGAACCAACUCUCGAAUACCUCGUGAAGAGCGACGGUUCUCUCGCACUCACUUAUGUCGUCCAGCUGCGCAACAUAUUGGCCGGGGCUGCGUACGAGGUGUUCGUAGACGCCAAGUCGGGCGAGGUCGUUUCCGUCACUGACUUUGUUGCCCAUGCUACGUACACUGUGGUUCCCAUCGACAAAGCGAGCAUCGCAGAUGGUCUUGAGACGGUUACCGAUCCUGAAGAUACCACAGUCUCGCCCUUGGGAUGGCACACCUUCGACGGUGAAAUCACGAACACAACAGUCGGAAACAACCUCAUCGCCUUCUCCAUCCGUAACGGCUCUAUCGAGCUCCAAGAAUCCACCAACCUCACCUUCACGGAAAAGUACGAUGACACGCUCGCGCCGAACACGACCGCCAACGGGAACGCCGCGCGGGCGAACGCUUUCUAUGUUCUCAACCUCGUUCACGACAUCGUCUACCGUUAUGGAUUCACCGAGGAGGCGUUCAACUUCCAGCAAGAUAACUUCGGCAAAGGCGGAGUUGGAAACGACUCUGUGCAGGUCUUCGUCCAGGAUUCAUCGGGGUUUAAUAAUGCGUUUUUUGCUACGCCGCCUGAUGGCGAAUCAGGCAUGUGUAGUAUGUUCAUCUGGGACUUGACCGAGCCCAACCGCGACGGAGCGAUGCAAAACGACAUCCUCAUCCACGAGAUGACCCACGGUAUCACGAACCGGAUGACUGGGGGCGGCACGGCGAGGUGCUUGCAAACCGUCGAGUCAGGCGGGCUCGGAGAGGGCUGGAGCGACGCUCUCGCUGGAUGGAUGCAACAGUCGGCUCCUACCACGAAGGACAUCACGCUCGCAUCCUAUGUCUCGGAUAGGCCGAAGGGCAUACGUCGGUUUCCUUAUUCUGUCAACGCAACCACAAACCCUCUGCGGUAUUCCAACCUGAAGCAAGAUACCGAAGUGCAUCGCAUCGGCGAAGUCUGGGCCAACAUGCUGCACAACGUCUACGCCUCCCUCGUCGACGAAUUCGACUACUCCACCGAGAGGUUCACCAACCCGGACUGUUCUUCCGGGAACGUCGUCUUCCUCCGGCUGUUCAUCGACGCGCUGGCUAUCCAGCCUUGCAACCCUACCUUCGUCCAAGCACGCGAUGCGUGGAUUCAGGCAGAUGCGAACCGGUACGACGGGAAGCAUAGGUGUACGGUCCUCAAGGCGUUCGCGAGCCGUGGGUUGGGGGCGGACGCUGGUCCUGAGUUCGACGAUGACGAGACGGUUCCGGAUGAUUGUUCGGAUUCAUAG